UGUUAUGCAACCAAAACUCGCCUCUGCCUACACAGUACUCCGUGGUGACGACUGCUUUUGCCAGCCUGAGCUUGCCCACAGUGGCAAUCUGCUUAGUAUUCCACUACUGAGACUCAUAUAUCGUCUGGUCACCAUGUCGACCCCUUCACCCGCUCCCGAGCCCUCCUCAUACACCGCCAUGGACAGCGACGUCGAAGCCAUAGGCAGGCACUGCGAGUUUGCUUACUGCCAUCAACUGGAUUUCCUCCCCUUCCGCUGCGACUCCUGCCACCAUACCUUCUGCCUCGACCACCGAACCGAGACCGCACAUAAAUGCCCUCGCGCAGGCGAAUGGGCAAGCAACAGACGGCGCAACAGCGUCGGCCGAACCUCAGGCACUUCAACACCCAAACCAGACCAUUCGAACGCCGUACAAUGUAGCAAUCCAACAUGCAAGACAUUCAUCAACACUUUACAAAACACGGGCGUGCAUUGCCAGCACUGUAAUCGGGGUUACUGCCUGAAACACCGCAUGCGGGAAGAUCACGACUGUAAGAACCUCAUACCGUUGGGAGCGAGACCAAUCGACAUCGCUAUGCAAAGCAACAAAGAAAAGAUCAGGCUCGGCUUCGGACGAUUAAAACAAUGGGGCAAGAAUCAGCAGGAGACGCUACGGCCUAAACCCAAACCUUCGAGUCGCGCAGCGCAACUGGCCGAGUUGAACACCCUGAAAAAGAACGCCAAAGGCGAUGACAAGCUACCCUCCGAGAAACGGGUAUAUCUGCAUGUCGAGGCUGAGGCUGCGAGUACGACGAGCAAACUACCUAGGGCGGAUCUGUUCUUCUCACAAGAUUGGCCCGUGGGUAGGUUGCUUGAUGAGGCUGCGAAGAGGCUGCAGGUCGCAAACGUGAACAACAGGGUAGAGACGGAGGAGCAGAAGUUAAGAGUGUAUCACGUCGAAGCGGGAAGACUACUGGAGUUCUCUGAGAAGGUCGGGAAGGCUCUCAUCAAUGGGAACACUGUAGUACUGUUGAGGGGGGUCGGACCGAGGGAGGCUCAGGCAUGAUAGACGACCUCUGUUGUUGCUGUUGGCGACCCGACGAAUGCAUAUGCCAGCGACUUGAUCUGCAAUGCUUAGCGACGGCGUUAUUAGGAUAUAUCCCACAUUUACUCAUUUAGUCGAACUUUUUGCCAUGAGAAAUCGAGAUAGAGACGGGCCUCGUACUGCCGGAUUAGGCAACCACUCUACGACCACUUCAUUCCAUACCAGGUAGUUCUGCGGUUUGCGGUGCUCGGGGGUGGCCGAUAGUGGGAGCACGUACUUCGUACAGUGGAUGAGACGCGAUGUUGCUCAUCACGUUGCUUUGAUGAGGUAAAUCAAUGGACAAAGUUCUCACCGAG